UCCUACCGAGAGCUCAAAGACUUGAAGAAGGCCAACGUGCUCCACAUAGACGUGCGGGAGAGGUGGGAGAUCGACAGAUUUGGAAAAAUCCCAGCGUCCGUCAAUAUACCGCUUGGUGAAUUAGUGGAAGCUCUACAGAUGGAUCCAAUAGAGUUCAAGGAGCAGUACAACCAAGAGAUGCCAUCCAUGGUCUUCUCCUGUUUGGCAGGAACAAGAAGUAAACAAGCACUCGGUUUUGCCACGUCCUUGGGUUUCAGCAGAGUUCAGCAAUAUGCUGGUGGCUUUGAAGACUGGGUAAAACAUGAACCUCCAGAGAAAAAAUGA